UGGGAAAGUCUACCUUAUUAGAAACAUCAGCAGCUUUAAGACUUAGCCUUGGAACGGGUAAUUAUCAUACUAAUAAUUCAUCCAAUUAUCAAUUUGACCAUCAUCACAUGUGCCUUGUAGGAUCUGUUAAUGAUGUUUUCCUAAUAUCCAUUAUCGUCUACAAAUAUGAAAAUCAUGAUAAAUCAAAAUCAGAUAAGCCAAUAACUCUAGGUAGGAUUAACUACCCACUACAACAAUCUGGACAAAAUUCAUCAAGACUACAGGAAAAUUUCCAAGGACAGGCUGGGCAGAAACUCUUUUUCAUCAAGCUUGAGGAUUUCUCACUAGACGAGGGAGCUGAGAAAGCAACGUUACUGAAAGCUGAAAUGACGAUUAUAAGUACGAAAAUGUGA